AUGGAGGAUGAUCAGUGCUACAAAGAUGUUGGAGAGAGCAUCGCCGUGAUCGGCAUGAGUUGUCGAUUCCCCGGCACAGCAACUUCGCCGCAAGGGUUGUGGGAGAUGAUAAAGAACAAGAAUACAGCUUGGUCUGAGAUACCGCCUGACCGAGUGAACAUGGACGGUUUCUAUCACCCCGAUGGUCAAAGACAAGGAAGCAUUUCAUUUCGAGGCGCCCACUUUCUUUUGCAAGAUCUUGCUAGAUUUGAUGCUGCAUUCUUCUCAGUGACCGAAGAAGAAGCCAAAGCCAUGGACCCACAGCAGCGUCUUCUGCUUGAAACUUCGUAUGAGGCUAUCGAGAAUGCUGGCCUGCGAAUUGAAGAUCUCGGGGGAUCCGAUACCUCCGUUUUUGUGGGCUCAUUCGUCAAAGAUUAUGAGCAGGUUUCCCUCAGAGACGCCCACUACCAGCCGCGAUAUGCUGCCACUGGUACCGGCAAUGCAAUCUUGGCCAACCGAAUCUCUUACUUCUACGACCUGCAGGGACCCAGCAUGACCAUCGAUACAGGUUGCAGUGGCAGUCUUGUGGCAAUCCAUCAGGCGUGUGAGACCUUACGCCACGGUGAAAGCUCGAUUGCGUUUGCUGCGGGCGCUGGAGUCAUCCUGACACCCAACACCAUGAUGCCCAUGACCGCUCUGAACUUUCUGAGCCCGGACGGAAGGUCUUUCAGCUUUGAUGCCCGAGCCAACGGAUAUGGUCGCGGGGAGGGCGUUGGCUUUGUCGUACUCAAACGACUAACAGAUGCUCUGAGAGAUCAAGACCCCAUUCGUGCUGUCAUCCGUGGUACGGGUAUCUGCCAGGAUGGCCGAACUCCUGGCAUUGUCUUCCCGAGCACCAAAGCCCAGGUUUCAAAUAUCACAAGUGUUUAUCAUAAGGCUGGUUUGAGCUUUGACCAAACGGCCUAUGUGGAAUGUCAUGGCACUGGCACCAGAGCUGGUGAUUUCGUUGAGCUGAGUGCAGUUGCGGCGACUCUUGCAGCCAAUCGCCCCCAAGACUCUCCAAUCAUUGUCGGCUCGGUGAAGCCAAACAUUGGACACCUCGAAGGUGCUGCGGGAGUUGCUGGACUCAUCAAGAGUGUUCUUGUGCUUGAAAAGGGCGUGAUCCCGCCACAAGCCAACUUUAUGACUGGGAAUCCCAGGGUCGAUUUCCAGGAAUUCAGGCUCAAGGUCCCCACAGACUUAUGUCAGUGGCCUCUUCCUGGCCUUCGACGUGUCAGCAUCAACUGUUUCGGUUUCGGCGGCACCAACGCACACGCCAUUCUGGACGAAGCAGAAUUUCAUGUCAAAGGGCAAAGACCGCCUAGCAUUGGCAGGCUGGCGACUGUGGCAGAGACAGAGGAAAUAAUGGUGGAAGAAGAUUCUGCGACCCCCCUGCCCCAGCUGUUCACCUUUACCUCACCCGACCAACAAGGCGUGGUCCGCAUCAUGCACCAAUAUGCGGACCACAUCCGGGAUACCCUGGAGUUCAAGACGACCGAAGACCUCAACAAUCUCUCCUACACUCUCAACUGCCGACGCUCGCAGUUUGACUGGAAAGGCUACGUUGUCGCUAACACCCAGGAGGAACUGGCUGAGACUCUCGACUCGACAGACGUGGACAAGGCUGUGCGAUCCAAGACCCGACCUCAUCCCAAGAUUGCAUUCCUUUUCGGCGGACAGGGCGCCCAGUUCCCAGGAAUGGGGUCGGAGCUCUUUUAUCGAUUUGAAGUAUUCCGCAGCAGUCUCGAAGCAGCGACUGAGUACCUUCUUGAGCACCUUGGCAGCCAGUUCAACCUCUUGACUGAGAUUUUGAGAAUUCAAGACGAAUCAGUUAUCCACAAACCUUCCAUCAGCCAACCAGCCACAACAGCGAUCCAGAUGGGCAUCGUAGAUCUCAUGAAGGCAUGUAACGUGCACCCGUCAUCGGCGGUGGGACACUCGUCCGGUGAAAUCGCCGCAGCCUAUGCUUGUGGAAUGAUUAGCCGCGAGGACGCAUGGACCAUAGCGUUCUAUCGAGGAGCAUGCGCUGAACAGAUGAGCAUACGACUUUCAGGGCCCAGAUGCCAAGGUCUCAUGUGUGCCGUCAGCAUGUCCGAAGACGAUAUGCGGGGCUACCUUUCCCGCGAGAGUGUCUCCGAUACAAUCCAAGUGGCCUGCAUCAAUAGCCCAAAAUCUGUGACCAUCUCUGGUGACGCGAGCGGGAUUCGACUCAUAGCCGCUGAGCUCAAGGAAAGGGACGUUUACCAUCGCAUCCUCGACGUUCCGGUGGCCUAUCACUCGUACCAUAUGAAGUACGUGGACUCGGAGUAUAAAGCCUGUCUGCAGGAUCUACCUAUGGACUUUUGCCCUGGCAUUGCCCCGAUGUUCUCCUCCGUCACUGGCAGUCGCAUGGAACUUGGCGUACAGUCCUCGAGGUAUUGGGCUGAUAACCUCACCUCUCCUGUGCUCUUCUCUGAUGCUAUGAAGAUCAUGCUUCAAGAAUCGCACCCAGAUCUACUUCUAGAGAUGGGGCCUCAGAGCACCUUGAGGACGUCUAUUGCAGAUAUUCUCGAUGACAUGUUCGCUGGUCGGCGGAUUAACCUGGCCCCAAGAUACGUGUCCGCCAUGGCACGCGGAAACAACGAGACCUAUUCCGUGCUGUCAGCCCUUGGGGAACUCUGGUCAUACGGCUGUAAUGUUGACAUGCAAGGCUUGGUCAAGAAGGCUUGUGUUCCUUUGAAGACUCUACGUGACCUUCCAUCUUAUCCCUGGGACCACUCUAGGCAGUACUGGCACGAAUCACCGAUGAGUAGAGAAUACCGAUUACGCAGUCACGGUCGCCAGGACCUUCUCGGCGAACCGACAGGAGACUCGAUACCCAUGGAACCGCGGUGGCGGGGUUUCUUGCGCGUGUACGAAAGUCCUUGGAUCAGGGACCACCAAGUACAAAAGACCAUGAUCUACCCAGCCGCUGGCAUCGUCACAAUGGUCAUAGAGGGGAUUCGGCAACACACAUCGGACAAAGCGGACAAGAUUGCCGGCUUUGAGAUCAUCGACAUGAAUAUCGAAGCGCCCCUGAUUGUUCCCGAGAGCCGAUAUGGUCUCGAGACGAGCUUGAAUGCAAAGCAGCUUUUCCAAGAAUGGCAUGAUUCCCGUGGCAUGUCCUACUCGUGGACGAUAUACGCCAGAGCUGAAGGAAGACCCUGGGCUCGACACGCUCGGGGCGAGGUGCAAUGCCACAUGCAGUCAAUGCCAGAUGCUGAGUCUGACCAAACACCAAUGUUCGGCUGUGAGCAUAUGUUCAGAGCCGCCGAGCUGAAGUCGAUCGAGGUUGUGAGCCCAUUGCAUAUGUACCAGGCGCUCGAAGUUGUGGGCAUGAACUAUGGCCCAUCAUUCCAUAAUAUCACCUCUGUGUCCAGAGGUGAAGACGUCGCAGUGGGACAGGUCACGAUUCCUAACACGACGUCCAUCAUGCCGCACAAAUUCGAAUUCGAUCAUGUGUUGCACCCUGCAACUCUGGAUGCGAUGUUUCAGUUGCUGUUUGCAAUUGACACAGCGCCAAUGGUACCUACCAGGAUCGAUAGCAUCUACGUCUCAACACAAAUACCCAAGGAUCCAGGAACACGACUCGACGGAUUCGCGAACAUCACUUCAAUCAGCGUGAAGGGCGUUGAGGCGCAGCUUGCGAUGACAGCGCAAAACUGGGAUCAACCUGCAGUCGUUGUCAAAGGUCUUCAUUUGAAUGCGCUACCACAGACUAAUUUCUUGCCUGGUCAUCACAACCUCUGCACUGAGAUCCGGUGGAUGGAGUUCUUCGGCACUGCGAAACCCUCUCAACUUUCGCACCUCCUUCAGCUUGUGGCUCACCAGUACUCCGGUCUGUCAAUAUUACAAUCUGGAGGCAACUACGACAUGGCCAAACAUGUACUCGAGAUGGUAGCCUCUGGCGAUGAUCACGUCCCCCGCCUUUUGCGAUAUUCUUUGACAGGUCUAGACCAGGAAGUCCUUGUGGCCCUCAAGAACGCGUACAGCGGCUCUCCUAUCAACAACCUUUUAGAGCGCCGUGUACUCAGCGGUAACGUGGAGGCUGAUCCAAGAUACCACCUCAUCAUCUCGGCCUCUCGCAACAGCGACCGGAAUCGUUUGGUGGCGCUGCUGCACCCAGAUGGACUCCUGCUUGAGACAGGGCCACAUGAUUCUUCUCCGAAGGUCAAUUGUCGCAUCUUGAUUGAUGACCCUCAACAAGUCACCAUGGCAUACUCUCAAGAUGGAAACUAUGUAUCUGAGCAGCUGUGGCUGACUCGAGCACAUCGACACAUCGACGAUCGCUACUUGAACAUUCUUAUCAUCGUGCCCGAUGCCCCUGAUAGAAACCUCCAAUAUCUGGCGAGUUGUCUCGAAGCUAAGCUCUGCCAACUGGAGCUUAAGCCCUGUAUCUCGACUCUUGAAGAAGCCUGCUCACGCGCUUCUGUUGAAGCAAUGCAGACCACAAUCAUUUGGCUCUUAGAUUUGAACCACUCAACCGAGAGUUCGUCCUCUUUCGUAUGGAAUUGGACUGAGGAGAGGUUCAACGCCUUUAGAAUGAUGCGUACUCUAUCGAAAGCAAUGCUUUGGGUGACCCGUGGGGCCGACAAGAAGUCAACGUUGCCCAAGAACGCGCCCAUCAUUGGCCUGGCUCGUACUCUAAACUCAGAGGACCUUGAAAAGGUCAUGGUAACGCUGGACUUGGACAAUGACAGCUGGAUUGCCUCUCCAAGUGUCAUUGACAAUAUCGUCCAGGUACAUUUGCGUUCCAUCCUACUAGUCCCCGCAGACGGCGUGGUCAGGGAAACAGAGUAUGCCGAAUCGAGCGGCAAAUUAUUCAUACCGCGUCUUGUGCCUAUCACGUCCCUGAAUGCUCUCAUCAGGGAUAAGAAUCUGGACAUGCAUCCGCGCAUGAUGCAAUUCCUCGAUGGCCAUCGCAACGAGUUGACAAUCAAAAAGGCAACAGAAGAACGUAACGAUCCCGACUCAAACUUCUGCUUCACAAGGGCUUGCCCCCCCUGUAACCCGACUUGCGCCGCAGACAAGGUUCGGGUUAUGUAUCGUGCUUCAUUCCUCCAGCACAAAGAUUGGCAGACACUGGCCGGACUCACCAAGGAAAAUACAAUCGGUAUUGAUUUGGCUGGCGUCGUUAUUACCGUUGGCAAUUCUGUUCACAAUAUCAGGCCCGGUGACCAGGUUGUGGCUGUCGUUCCAGGAGGCGCCUUGAAGAGUGUACAGGACAUUGAUCAGCGAUUCGUCAAACGAGUUCCUGGCGGCCUUCGAAAGUGCAUUCCAAGUGCCUGGAUUCAGGCCCAUUAUGGUCUCGUUACGCGGUGCGCCAUCACCAGUGACCAGACCGUACUGAUUCUUCACGGAACAAGUACUACUGGGCAGGCUGCCAUCCAGAUUACGCAAGCUUUGGGCGCAAAGGUCUACACAACCAUCAGUGGCAACGACCUACAAGUUCAACGCAGAGAACUGUCUCGGCACUUCAAUCUCGAUGCCGAUCGCGUUUAUAACUCUGAUGAUUCGGACUGGUGCUCUAGGAUGCUCCGGAGCAAUGACCAAGUCAAGAUGGACAUCGUCUAUAACCCGGGUCCGAGGAAUCUCUGCGAUGUGAAGCUGGUUCUAAAAGCCACUGGAACGUCGAUUAGACAUGCCGACAGCCUAGUCCCUGAGACCUGCCGGCCAUACGAGGACCCUCCUCUGAGCAGCAUUAUCCGCCUAGACCUCGCCUUACUUCUCGAAAAUGAGCCGGCGCUAGUCGGAGACACAUUCACCAGAGUCGUAGAUUUUGUGCAGGAGCACUAUGGAACGAUCCAUCCAGUGCUCUUCACACGGGCUUGCGCCGUUGAUUCUCUGUCUCAUGGGUUCGCCGCGCUCAGAGACAAUGGAACAUGUGGAGGCACACUUGUUACAGCAGACACCAGCAGCAUGGUACUCCUUCCCCCGUCCUGCCAGAACUCGCGGCUUCGAGACGCUUUGGAUGAUGGAACUUACGUCCUGGCUGGGGGCCUUGGUGGCCUCGGCCGCGGUGUCGCCCGACGGUUAGCCACUGAGGGCGCCAAGAAUAUCGUAUUUCUUUCCAGGUCGGCCCCAUCAUCUAUUGAAGCUAUCGAGUGCAUCAAAAUCCUCCGCGAUAUGGGGGUCAAGGUUCUGCACAUAAUGGUAGACAUUUGUGACGCAGGAGCAGUCAAAAACGCGUAUGCCAGCAUCGUGUCUUCAGGAAUGGCGCCCAUCUCCGGCGUCGUCCAAGCCGCAGGACUCCUCCAGGUGAGCGGCGUCCGUUGCCCUUCCGUCCGCCACGAUAUUAAUAACUUGAUACAGGAUUCGCUAUAUGAUAAGAUGUCGUACGAAGACUGGAUGAAAGUGAUGAGACCAAAAGCCCUUGGCUCCUCCAACCUUGUCCAGUACUUCGGACGACCAGCCGAUCUGGCUAAGCCUCCUUGGUUCAUUUUCCUGUCCAGCUCUGCAGGGAUCAUUGGCAACAGAGGCCAAGCCAACUAUGCCGCGGCCAACGUUUACCUAGAUGCCCUCGCGCGCAGUGGCAAGAUCAUGGGGCGCGCCUAUGCGUUGGACAUUGGCCCGAUCCUAGCUGCAGGCAUGGCCACCGACAGCGACGAGACGCUGAAGAUACUACGAGCCAGCGGAUUUUACGGGAUUCGUCUGGACGACUUCUUGAAAGUCUUUGAGCGCGCUGUCGUCGGAGAGAUCCUUCCAGACGUCUUGAUGCCGUCGCAAGUUGUGUUGGGAGUCGGGACGGGAGGCUUGAUGCUUCAGAACAAGUCGGCUGAUCCAUUCUGGGCUAGAACGGCCCUUUACUCCUACCUGAAGCUGCUCGAUAUGCCGCCUCCUGACCUCAGCGUGAUAGGCAGUGCGACAGCCAAUUCGUUGAAGUCCAAGCUGGGGGCGUGUGAGGACUUGGCCGAGGCGACGGCUCUCGUUUGCCAUGGUCUCAAGAAAGAGGUUUCAUCCCAGGCGACCGUGGGCGCCGACCAGAUGGAUGAGAGUAAACCUCUGAAGGAUUAUGGAGUGGAUUCCUUGACAGCAGUCCAAGUCCGUGCAUGGGCCCUCGAUAAAGUGGGUGUCAGCCUUUCGGUCUUCAAUAUCAUGAGCAACAAGACGAUCUUGGAGCUGGCUGAAGAGAUGGCCCGGACGGCGACGGGACUAGGAAAGGACGGGGAAUAG